AAUUCUACCGACGGCAAAAGACGAAACAGAACACGACGAGCUCCCAACUCUUGGCUCGAAGCGUUCUCCAGUCAUCCGCCGACCUGCGCUGCUUUGACCCACCCCACCCCUCUCCGUCUUCGCCCCUGACCGGACCAUUCUACUGCGGCGCUUCGCCUCCGCAAUCCUCUCCGCCGUUACACCGCCACCUUGGUACGCUUCCAACUCGCCAUCCUCGGUGGCGAGCACUCGCUGGUCGCAGCCCACGAGGAUGGCCUGUAGAUCGAUGGCUGCCUCGCAGCUUUAUGGAUCCGGUUUGGUGGCGAAGAGGAGCAUGCGAUCCUUGGAGGGGCUUCGGCCUUCUCUGCCGUGGUCUAGGGUUUCUUCUUCCGAUUCCGUGGAUGUCAAAAGCAUGUUUUUCAGAGUCCCUGCCUUUAGAGUUUCCAACAUCAGUGGCAGAAAGCUUUCAGUUUCUAUGUCCCUUAAUGGAACCAGUGCUGGAAGCAAUGUUGAUGCCAAUAAUGCCAUAAGAUAUGCGGAGGGUACUAAACCAGAUCUAGUCUAUGAUCCACUUAAAUCUAAUCCAACUGAAGAAUCAUUCGAUGGGAAAAUGGGUAUGGACAUGCGUAUACAGAAGGAGGGCAUCAUCCCAACCAAAAGAAGUGCAAAAUUACAUGAUUUUUGCUUCGGCAUCCCUUUUGGUGGAUUUUUAUUUGCUGGAGGGCUGCUAGGCUUUAUUUUCUCUAGAAAUGCCACGGCCAUGAUACAUGGUGGUGCUAUUUUGGUGCUAAGUGUACUUAGCCUAAAAGUUUGGAGGACUGGAAGAUCCAGCUUACCAUUUAUACUGGGUCAAGCAGCCUUCUCUGCUGCGUUUCUCUGGAAGCUUAUGCAGGCAUACACAUUGUCAAAGAAACUCUUUCCCACAGGAUUUUAUAUCUUCUUGAGUGCUGCAAUGAUAUGCUUUUAUUCGUAUGUGUUGAUCUCCGGCGGAAACCCACCACCGAAGAAGUUGGCAGCAGCUCCCCAGUCAUAAGCCAUGAGAAUUUGUACAAAAAAACACUCUAUGAGCAUGGUAAUGAUUCUAUACGCCAGCAACUGAGAUCUAAACGAUCACAGGCUACGAUCUAAACAAUGGUGAAAAGAUGUUAAGAGAGCCUUUCCUCCAUCCAACAUCCGUCUCUCUGGAACCAGUUCAUGAUGAUGGGGAUAUGUUGAAGCCGCACACGGUCGUCCUCGGUCUGUCCCCCUCCAUGCAGCUUCUCCACCAGCUCAAUUGGCAUGCCCUCGAGUUCCAGCUUCUGCAAGCCACCGAGGUACUCUAUGCCAACCGGAAUCGUCUUCAACUUGCCACACCUUACCAGUCUCAGCUCACGCAGGCUCUCGAGGGCGUUCUCUUCUACUUCCAUGCGGCUGAGGUGGAUCAUAUCACACAGCCCCAAAGACUUGAGCCUCCGGAGCCAACCGGCACGGAAGCACAGCUCGGUCCCGUCGUAUGCUUGCAUGAGAAAGAGGGACACCAGGUUGGGCAACUCCAUGAGCGAAGACAGCGAGUCCUCCUUGAGUCUCGACAUCUUUAGGACCAAAUGAGUGAGAGCUCUGAGAGAGUCAGGCCACCGAGACGUCAUCCCCUUCUCCAGCAUCCCGUACAAGCUCAGCUUCCGCAGCUGCGGCGGAGGAGUGAGGUUGUUUAGCAGCAAGGUGUCGUCUUUGUGCCUCGCCAUCACCACCAGGCGAACAAGGCGAUCCAUAUUGGAUAUGGACGCCGAGAGCAACUUGCUGUGGAUGGUUCUCACGCCUCUGAUGUCCAAGCUCUUCAUCUGCGUCAGACUCCGCAGAUGCCGGACCGUCGUCUCGUCCUCCACUACUACGGCCUUCAGAGUCUGCAGCUUCUGCAGCUUGCCCAUCCCGCCCGGAACGACGACUCCGCCGCCGAGAAUGGUGUAUCUUGAAGUCUGACGGUGGAACUUCUUCACCAUCAGAUGCCGCAGCCUCUCCAGCCUUGUGACUCCGCUGGGGAGCUCCUCGACGUGGGUGUAGACCGCAUCCAAGGUUUCAAGCUUCCGAAGGCUUCCCAGUGUUUUGGGCAGGUGCCUGACAUUGGUGCGCCGUAUGCUCAGGUAUCGCAGGUUGAAGAGGUGGCCUAUCUCGUCCGGCAAGCUCUCCAAUGGAGCGGCGCGGAGAUCCAAGACUCUUAUCAGCCGACACUUGGAGAGCAGCGAGGUGGAAGCCGGUGAGAACGCAAGGAAGGACCGAAGCAGCGGCAUCUUCUCGCUCAGCCUCUCAUCUUCACCCUGCACGAGGGAGAGUCGCCGGAUCCGAUCGCUUAAAUCUUCCGGCUUGCCGUCGUACGCCUCGGCGAAGUGCUCGUCUCUGGAUCUGGCCACGAUGAGCUCCCUGACGAGGUCAUGAACUCGGCAGAAGCGCACCCUUCCGGACUCGUUUGUGUGGGUGACUUGGAGCAGGCAGCGGCCGACCAGUUGGUUGAGGUAGUCCUCGGCCACCUCCUCCAUCGACCUCUGACGCCGCUCCUUCACGAACCCUUCCGCCACCCAGAGCCUGAUCAACCGAUUUCUUCCGAUGAGGUAACCCUCCGGGAAGAGGCUGCAGUGUAAGAGGCAGUUCCUGAGGUGGUACGGUAGAUGCCUGAUGCUUAGGCUCAGGAUUCUGGAGACUCUAUGGAGCCCUGUGUGUUCGGUGGUAGACCAUGUCAGGCCGUCGUGCAUGCUCUUCCAUGUCGACUCCGCCCUGUCCCUGUGGGACAACAGGAUGCCGAUGGCGACGAUGGCGAGGGGGAGGCCUUCGCACUUGUCCACGAUUCUUCUGGCCCAGUGCUCCAGCGCCGGGGGGCACACGCUUCCUUCCCCCCUCGGAAACGCCUUCUUGCAGAAGAGAGACCACGCCAUCUCCUCCGGCAGAGGGUCCACUGUCAUGACCCGGCUGCCACCCGCCACCGAAGCCACUUCCUGCAUCCUCGUGGUGAUGAUGACUCUGCUCCGGCAGUUGUUGGCGAGCAGCGCGUAGCUGAUGUCCGUCCAGAUGCUGACCUGCCACACAUCGUCCAGCACAAUCAGGUACCUCUGGCGGUCCAGAUGCGCGCGGAGUGCUUCCACCAGCCUCCUGUACUCCAUCGAAUCGAAGUCGUCGGCGGUCUCUUCCAUCCUCUCCUGCAGCAGCGCCCUCAGGAUCUUCCGCAGCAGGUCAUCGAUGUUGUAGUUUUGGGACACAAUGACCCACGCGCGGCAGCUGAAGUGGCUGAGGAUUGCUCUGUCUCUGUAAACUCUGGUCACGAGGGUGGUCUUCCCGACGCCGCCCAUGCCGAAGACGGCGACUGCGGUGCGCCGGGGCUCCUCGUCCGUCAGCAACCCGAUAAGCCUAUCCUUGUGGUCGUCGAUCCCCACAAGUUCGUCUUCCUCGACGAAGUGUGCUGAUUCCGCUAAAUGGUAGCCCGGCUGGGGGUCGUCGGGCAGCUCCGCCAACUUCUGUGGGAUUCUGAUGACAGGCAACUCUCCGAUUCCUGAUAGCUGAGCAAGGCUAACUUCCUUGGCCUCCAGUCUCCUGGCGAUUUCGCGCAAAGCAGUGGCCUUGGCGUCGUUGGAGAGGCCACGGACGAAGGCUCCCAAGCUGCCCCAGCUGCUACCGGCGACGACGUAGGUGUACUCGUCGACGAUGUCCUCGAUGUCGUAGGCCACAUCUUGAACCUGCUUGGCCCAGGAGAUAAAGACCAGCUCAUGUUCGCCUCUGUACGUGUUCAUGGACUUGAGGAACUCCUGCAUCACCUCGAGCUCGCUCUUGAUCCGGAUCAUCCCUUCGUGAACGUUCUGCUGAGGCCUGGCGAGGCCGCCGGGAGGUCGGACUGCUGCAGUGGCCACAGCAUCGGUCAUCUUCUCGAUCAAGCUGAAGACUACAACCUCUGCCAUCUUAUCUCAAGAUCUUCCUCUAUCGGAGAAACUGCUACUGUACAAGGCCAGAUCAAAGGCCAGAGUUCAUCUACCCACCAUUUGGCCUCUAUAGAGUUGAUAUUGUUUUCGGAGCAUUUAGCUCCAAGAUUUCUCCAUCUCUCUGACAACGAAAGAAAAUUCCUGUUAGGCCAAACUCAGCACGAACGGUAAGGGACGAAGAAGAAGAAGUCAAAUUUUCUAUGCUUUCCUUGAUCCUUCA